GUACCGUUGUAGCUGAGAUACACAUUUUUGAGCAAGACUUAACCAGCAUAUUAGCCUGUUCACUGUCGUGUUUUACCCAAAAUUUGGUAAUUUUAAAAUGAAUGAAUGAAUAAAAUUAAUUUAACUUAUUUUAGACCUUGGACACAAACUGCAAGGAGCAUGUUUUAACAGCAGGGGGAGAGCGCAUGCAGCGAUUUGCAAACGAUGCGGUCUCUGCUUCAGAUGACAGCCGAGGGCCCGCACAUUGGGUCAGUCUUUCCGGGGUUCAAACAGCAAGCCUAGUGUUAAGCAGAGUCGAGGACCAUCGAUGGUACAUUGGUAGUAUAUCUAUGCAACGUUUGCAUUAGCAUCAGGCACACUGCCUUUCAAAAAAGACGCCCAGUACAGUACCGAGGAUCUCAGUGAACAACGGCUAACCGUUCGCAGCUACACAGUUAGCCACACGACCGCAGACAGGUGAGUUAAUGUUGACCAAAAGUUUUGAGCAUCGCCAUUCCCUUAGAGUUUCACAUCUUGGCGAAAUACUAUUAUAACGGCCAUUUAAAGUGCCUUUAUUUAAGUUUAGUAUCGGUUCGUUGUCUGCUGUUUAGCUCGGUUAACGUUAGCAAACACGUCAGCUGCUCUGAUACACGUUAACUAGAAUUAGUGGACGUCCUAAAGCUAAACUACGUUAAUGUCUGUCGAGUGUUUUGCUCUCCGAAUAACCUUAACCUUGCAAUAUAACACUGGCAGUUCCUCAUAUGAUGUGUCGUUACCAGCAUUUAUAAGUACUUUAUUACUUUUGGACGCCCUUGCCAGUCACGUGACUGUGUGCUGCAACAGGUAGGCUAAUUGUGCCACCAGCUGCGCAUUUGUGACUGUCUAACUGUGCGAGUAAUGGCAUCCACGUCGUUUCUUCAUUAAAGUACCCAAUCUCACAUAGCAAUCGACAUAUAAAUGGCUCAUAUCUUCCUGCAGGGUGCUGAAAACCUGGAAAUUCACACCUUAGCAUUGCCAGCACUAAGCCCCGCCUUGCCAGCACUGAGCCCCGCAUGUGUGUAUAUAUGUCCAAGGCGAAGGUUGGUUUAGUGUUUUCAAACUGAUAUGUGCUUGUUUGUAUAUGUCUUACUGAUGAAGGCCAGAUCAAGUAGUCUAUAUUUGUAAAUCACAAACUAAGGCAAGUUACAAAGUGAUACAAAUGGUGUUGGUUGGAAAUAAGUCUUUGCUUGGUUUGCAGGACAUGAGCCAAAAUGAUCAGUCUGUUAUCUGUCCGUGGUAACAAUUAAGGCUAUCUAUACUGCAUACCUUCACUCACAAUAAUGUAUUUAAUAUUUGUCUUGUGUUGUACAAAAUUAGCAAGGAGAUAUGUCAUUUCCAGCUACCGUCUAAAAAUAGCGUGGCAGGAAUAGUAGAAACCUGUUUUACCAGUCCUGGUGCUCCAGAUGCUUAGAAAAAACAGUUGUAGCAGUAAAUGUCAUUCAACAAUCCAAAUAAAUAAACCAAUAACUAAUAAUAUUCACAUCCAGGUACAAACUGUGAGUUGGUUUGUUUUGCACUCCUUUUAUUGUACUGUUUUGGUGCUACUACAAGCUGUCAGAUGGCUCGGUAGGACCUAUUUAUACCCUUCUAUCUGUCUGUUUUCAGGUAUGUCUGAAGUUAGUCUUGAGGCUGAAUCGGGGAAGACCUCAGCCGAGGACUCUCAGAUGGAUUGUGAGGGGGCUGAAAAAUCGGAAGAGAGUUUGAGUGAGGAUGAAAAACAGGAGAGUGUAGAUGACAGUAGGCGAAGAGAUGACACAGACGAUGUGCUGUACGACAUUGAUAUUGACAGCGCUGAAGAAAAUGCAGAAAACGGUGACGAGGCCAUUCUGGAGGCGGAUGAGGGCAUUCAGAGGGAGAGUGCAGUGACGUGCAGUGACAGCGAUGCUGCACACAUGUCUGACAGUGUAGAACAUGAGGGACAGGAGACAAAUCGUCAUGUUGAAAGCGCUGAAACACCCGAGGAAAGUGGAGAGUCUCACACUGAAACAAAGGAAGCCACAAUGACUGAAGAGUCCCACAGAAGCUCAGCCGCUGAGAUCCCAGUCACCAGCAAUGGAGACCUGGAUCAGAGCCCUGAGACCCUGUUCCAGAGGGACUCUUACCCGAGUGGCCCUGGGGCCCUAAACCUUUCAGAGUCCUGUGUCACCUCCAGCAACUUUGCUUCAACAACAGAAGGCAUCAUUGAAUCAGGACUGUACAAAGGGUCAGCAAGCCUGCCCGCGUCUCCCGUGACACCUGUAGCUCCCAGCUCGGCUGUUGCUAGCCGCCUGGCGCGCUCUUCCAGCGAUAGUCAGGCUGAGAAAGGCGUGAUGAAUACAGAGCCAAAGAGUGACGCGGUGGUCCUUUCAGAUGACUUAAAGAGCCCAACCAUGGAAAAACUGGACCUAGUGAGGAAGUGGAGCAUCAACACAUAUAAAUGUACCAGGCAGAUCCUGUCAGAGAAGCUGGGUCGGGGCUCGAGGACCGUGGACCUGGAGCUGGAGGCUCAAAUCGAAGUCCUCCGCGACAAUAAGAGAAAGUACCAGAAUGUAAUCAAGCUGGCUCAGACUCUGUCCGGUCAGCUGUCCCAGAUAAUGCAGACGCAGAGGCAGCUGGGCGACGCCUUCGCCGACCUCAGCCUCAAGUCACCAGAACUGCACGAGGAGUUUGGUUACAACGCUGACACCCAAAAGCUUUUGUCCAAAAACGGAGACACUCUGCUGGGUGCCAUCAACUCCUUCAUCUCCAGUGUGAACACACUCGUGGACAAAACAAUUGAAGACACCCUGGUUAACAUCAAACAGUAUGAAUUUGCCAGGGUUGAGUAUGACGCGUACCGUACAGAUCUGGAGGAGUUGAAUCUGGGGCCACGUGAUGCCACCACCAUGCCCAAGAUCGAGCUCUCCCAGCAGCAGUUCCAGAUCCACCGCGAGAAGUACGAGAGGAUGCGAAACGACGUCUCCGUCAAGCUGAAGUUCUUGGAAGAGAACAAGGUGAAGGUGUUGCAUAACCAGCUCAUCCUGUUCCACAAUGCCAUCGCUGCGUACUACGCAGGAAACCAACAGCAGCUGGAACAGACACUCAAGCAGUUCCACAUCAAGUUGAAAAUGCCAGGUGGGGACAGUCCAUCUUGGCUGGAAGAGCACUAAUCACUCCGUUUGAAGCCCCAGCGGCUCAGUUUGACAGGAAAUGUCAAAAUCUACAGGACCCUCCCUUUCCCUUUUCAACUCGACUGUCACUGCCUUUCAAACUUUCACAAUUGUUAAUCUUUUAAUUCAAUACGCAAAAUGAAAAAAAAAAAAAAAACUUCCUACAAUCCUUUUACUCUUGUUGUUAAAUCAUCGUUUUCGUCUUGCAGUGAUUUGAAAUCAUAGGAAACGCACUUUUGAACUGUUUGAUACAUCUGAUGAACACGAGUUGCUGCAGUAAACACAUUUGGAAACUGUAAAUGGCCUUUUGCAAUCCAGCAUAUGAAUGUUGUAUCUCAGCACGGCAGACUUGUUGGCUCUGUAAGGACAGCUUCGGGAUCAAAACGACUGCCUGUUGCACAUCAUUUACUCUUUAUCAGUUGAUAAAUCUGAUCAGGAAGCAGCAUUCAGAUUUAUGGAUCAUGCAUGCAAACUGGCCAGAAAACUCUGAUUAAAGUGGUAGCUUAACAUUUUUGGAAAUGCACUUAUUUGCUUUCUUGCUGAGAGUUUGUUCAAUAUAAGACUACAGAUGGUUAGCUUAGCUUAGCGUAAAGACUGAAAACGGUUAGCGGUCAGGGUAACCUGGCUCUCUCCAAAGGUGAACAAAAUUCAGCCUACCAGCACCUCAUAACCUCACUAACAUAAAAAAAACUGUAAAAAAAUAAAGAUGUGAUUUUAAAUGAGGUUAUGUGCCUUAGGACCGAGCUAGGCUAACAGUUUCCCCCUGAUUCCAGUCUUUAUGCUAAGCUAAGCUAACCAGUUGCAGGCUGUAGCUUUAUAUUAAAUGUACAAACAUGAAAAUGGUUUUGAUCUUCUCGUCUAGCUCUCGACCUAAAAACAAAUAAGAGUCUUUCCCAAGAUGUAAAACUAUUUCUUUAAAUUGAUAUGUUAAAAUCCUAUUUUCUGUUCAUCCAUCUGUUCACAACAAAUCCUAAAUGUUGUGAAGUGAUUAUGCCGACAGGAUGCUAUAUUUAAUCGAUAUUAUUCUCCGUUUGGCAUUUGGCUAAAUGGGUAAAAGUGUUUGAUUCUCUUCGAUUCCAGAGACAAUGAAGGAGCAGCCUUAUGUGACUAAAUGUGCCUUGAAUUCUUGAAUUUGUUCUUCUCUUCCCCGCCGCGCUUCAAUAUUUGAUCUUGCUGUUGGAAAAAAGGCGCUUUCACUUCCAGUUUUGAGGACCAACUCUUGAAGGAAGAGAAUGGACCAAACACACACUCACACACACACUCUCAGAGGACAGUACAGUUAGAGCCUGUACAACUGUACAUGUUUAAACACUCGACACAACACACACAUGAUAGCUGUGUUAAAAACACACUCCAGUAACAUUCAGAAAGUCUAAAUAUGUUUUAAGACUUGCUGAUUUCAAAGAUAUUUAUCCAUAUUGCACAUAUGCACAUUUAUGCAUUUGAGACUAAUUAAAUAAAACUGUAUGAUAUGUGAGGGGGGGAAACCAAAAUACGAUUAACUUUUUGUAAAUUUGAAAGAAGCAUCUUUUGUCUGAGCUGCUCAGUUUGUUUCAUUGGGCUACAUAAAAGUAUAUUUUUCAAAGAGGAUAUACUGUACGCUGUUAUUGAUAACCAGCUGUCACGUCCUCACUUUGUUGAUUUGUACUUUUCCUAUGGCUCACCAUAGCAGUUUGAGAGUGUGAAUCUUGUACAACAAUCUAUUGUUUCCCUGAAAUAGAUGGAUAUAUAUUUGUAAUUUUCUCUAUUUCACCUUGUAGUUUACGACCAAUGCUGCCAUUUGGCUUUGUUUUUGUCUGUUUUUCCUGAAGACCUACAGGCUGAUGUGCUAGUGGGUCUUUUACCUUUGUAAUGAUGAAACAUUAACAAAUGUUGGGUGAAGGAAAGGAUUGCGAAUGUUGUGUAAACUCUUUGGGAAGAUUAAAGUUUCUUUUCUUUA